CCGUCCCUCACCCUCCGGCGUUGGUACUCCUGAUUUCCUCUGAGCAAGCAGGUUGGUGCGAGCAGCUCGCGCAAGAGGGAUAUUCUGUGUUUCAAGUUCUAUACCCGCCCGCAUCCUUGGCAUCUCUGGCAGAGGCCCUGGACGCGGCAGGAUCAUUUAUCACCACCCAUGCUGGCAACUGGGGCCUCAUCACCUAUGGGCUUCUCCAAGAUGAUGAGAUGACCAUACCGAAUCUUGUAAGAAAGGCUGAUGUCCGAAGACUCAAAGCGAUAGUGCAUUUCAGUCCCUUGUCGGAACAGGGCGGACCCCUCAUCGUCUAUGAUUUUGAACAAAAGUAUAUCCCGACGCUUGUUCAUCUAGCCACGGCACAGGAGAAACUGCAUGCUUCGUUAUCUUUGGUAACGCCCGAAACGCUUCCGUACUCACUAUCUCCUGCCGAUCAUUUCCCUGUUGUUAUCUAUUCAUAUCCUAUGAUUUCUGCAUCUCCACCAUUUCCAUUCAAAUCUCGAGCACCAUCUGUUGUAAAUACUGGAGAUGUUUUCUCCGUCGAUCCGUAUGUUCGAUCUGCGACCAGUCUCUCAUAUAGCCGCACUUUGGAACUAUUGCGGCGUCAACUGGGCCCCCACUUUGAUCUAGAAAGCCUCUGGGAAUCGCAUACCCAUUAUGAAUUUGUCGAAAGGGAUGCAAGAAAAACGAUGGCUACCAUGGUGAAAACGCCGUACGUGAACCACGUCCCAACAAUGACUGGUGGUAUCGGCUAUGAUGAUUUGGCCCGCUUUUAUAAACAUCAUUUCACCGGCAUUACUGUGACCCCUCCCGAUACAGAGAUUAUUACAGUCUCGAGAACGGUUGGUGCAGAUCGGAUUAUAGACGAGAUGAUCUUCAAGGCGACUCAUACAACCGAAAUUGACUAUUUCCUGCCUGGGGUUAAACCCACUGGGAAACCAAUUGAGAUUGCUUUGGUCGGCGUAGUGGCCUUCCGAGGAGACAAGCUGACUUUUGAACACAUAUAUUGGGACCAGGCAUCGGUCCUUGUCCAACUGGGCCUGCUCGACGCGACUGCGCUCCCUGUCGCUGGCGUUGAGGUUGCACACAAAGUACUCGACCCCUUCGGCCUGCCGAGCAACACUCUGCUCAAGAGAUGGAAAGAAAGUGAGGGCUUAAGCAUCGACUGAGGCAAUAUUUUGAGCUGCAAUGUACGAUUGUAUGGGGUGCUGCGCAGUGCGCGUUCCUUAGUUUCAGCAUUUUUUGGGGGAAUGUACGACUAGAGUCCGAAUGCGAAAUAUGAUUGACGAUUAGCAGGCC